AUGUACUUAUUUGAGGAGCUCCGAGGAGGAGCGGCAGCGGCGCCCGAAAUGGUAGCUCUACAAGAGCAAAGCUUGAUAUCGUAUGCUCCGAAUUCUCGGAUUUCUAUCACGAGUUACUGCACAGUGCUCGAUAUAUUUCGGAGUCGUCUUUACGAUAUUUGGCCCAUUGUUGAUGUCGAGCAUAUGAAAUCGCAGCUAAGAAGUCAAGACAAUGAUCCUACUACCUAUGUCUUGGUGGCAGCCUUGUGUGCCGCGACGUUGGCGCAGAUACGCUUAUGGCUCACACCGGCUCCAUGCCCUGAGGACCUUUCCGUCACAGCAGAGGACUUUGUUAAGGAGUGCCUACGUAUUCGAUUGGAAAACUACCAUCACCAAGAGCCGUCGCUUCAGGUGCUCGUGACAUCUAUAUUUCUUCAUAUGUACUAUGCGAAUCGAGACCAGAUCACACCAGCUACCAUAUCGCUGCGGGAGGCGAUCACCUAUGCGGACUUGAUGCAUCUGUGUCACACCCCUCAGUCUAGUUCCACACCAUCAAAACAGUGGCAAAUGGAGCUUCGAUGCUACUGGAUUCUGUUCAUUACCGAAAGGACGUUUUGCAUCCAACACGACCUUCCUAUCACACUCCACAGAACGCCCAACCUCCCCGAGAUGGAACGAGAUACAUCACAAGGUAAUUUAUAUACAGGGUUUUGUGCACUUGUCAAACUCUUCCUACAUGUUCAACGCCCUUUUAUUCUACCCAUUCGUAGUGGCAAGGAUAUUGGGACGCCGGAGAUAUACUCGAAAAGUAAUAUAUCGGACAUUCAACAACGCAUUCAAGUGGACCGACCGGGGCUCGAUCUCAUUUCUGAAAUUCAAUACGUGGAUAUAUUGACCACAUCUGCCUGGGUUCGCUCUUUGCUAUGGCAAUACUCUGCUUCUCGCUUUAUGCUUUCUUCAUCCACGUCCGUCGAGCCUUUGUCAUUUGACUAUCCGCUAGCAAUUGCUAAGGAUUAUUUGGAAUCCCUUUCAAAUGUCUCUAUUGAAUCGCUGCGGAGCCAUGGAUAUGGCAUGGAAAUCAAACUUCUUCAAGUCGCGAAUUCUGCCCUCGACGUUUUAUUUUGCAUGCCGAACCUCCUUAGCCAUCAGACCUCUCACUUUGGGCCAUUAGAUACUGUUAUUGCGAUUGGGCAAUUGUUGUCUCAGAUCGGAGGGGUCAAGUCAGACCGACUUUACGUGUUGCAGCAGCGCCUGUCGCAAAUGCCUUCUUCAAUUAUAACGCCCCCUAGGCUGGAAUAUCCAGAAGAGGAGAUGUUGGGUGAUUCUACUACAGAGCAGCAGUGUUAA